UUUUUUAGAGAGACAUGUAUGGUCAAUCUCAAGCCUAAAAAGAAAAUAUUUUGUACUUAAACAUUACACAAAUCAAAAAGAAUGAAAUAGAAACUCAUGAUACAUCAUUAUCAACAACACUCUAAAUAUGUUCAUUUUGACUCAACUUAUUGUGAGAUUGAGAGUGAAAUAAAUAUAGAAUAUGACAUUUUUGAGAUAAGUCCAAACACCCAAUAUGGGUUGCUACUCCUUUAUAUAAACUUUGAUAUUCACCUUUAUUCUCUCUCUCACUCAAAGCUUUUCUAUAUUUAGCCUAAUACAUAGUAUCACAUUAUUGUGAAUCUGAUUUUUGCUUCAGCAUGUGGGAAUCAGAAGGUGUAACACCAAAUGGAAGGGAAUAUGGAGGUGAUGUUCUUACCUCAACCAAACAUGGUGUUAAGAUUGAAGGCUUUUAUCAAAGAGCCAACUCUUGGUAUGUUUCUGCUGAUAUUCCAAGUGAUCUUCAUGUCCAAAUUGGAGAAGCCAACUUCCACUUGCACAAGUAUCCUUUGCUAUCUAGAAGUGGAAAGCUGAACAGAAUGCUAUACGAUUCUCGCGAGCCCGAGUUGAAUAAGAUAGCCAUGGAUGAUCUACCAGGAGGGCCUGAAGCUUUUGAGCUUGCAGCCAAGUUCUGCUAUGGAGUGGCUAUUGAUUUGACAGCAAGCAACAUUUCAGGCCUAAGAUGUGCUUCUGAGUAUCUUGAAAUGACUGAGGAUCUAGAAGAAGGGAAUCUUAUAUUCAAAACCGAAGCUUUUCUUAGCUAUGUUGUUUUGUCGUCGUGGAGAGACUCGAUCGUCGUGUUGAAGAACUCGGAGAAGUUGUCACCGUGGGCUGAAAAUCUUCAAAUUGUUCGAAGAUGCAGCGAGUCUAUUGCUUGGAAAGCUUGUGCUAAUCCAAAAGGAAUAAGGUGGUCGUAUACCGGAAGGCCACAUAAAGUUUCAAGCCCGAAUUGGAGCGAAAUGAAAGACUCGAGCCCGAGUAGGAAUCAACUCGUUCCACCUGAUUGGUGGUUCGAAGAUGUUUCGAUCCUUAGGAUUGAUCACUUUGUCAGAGUCAUUACUGCUAUUAAGGUGAAAGGUAUGAGAUUUGAACUGAUCGGCGCUGGAAUAAUGCAUUACGCGACUAAAUGGCUACCAGGACUGGCAGCGAACGAGACUUCAAUCCAAGGAGAGGAAACAAGCAUCAACAGUAGUAGUAGUUUUAGUAGCGGCGGCGAUAAUGGUAGCUGGAAAGGUGGACUUCAUAUGAUUGUUGCUGGAACUAGAGAUGAAACUUCAAGUCUUCAAACUAAGGAUCAAAGGAUGGUUAUUGAAAGUCUCAUCAGCAUAAUUCCGCCGCAGAAAGACAGCGUCUCGUGUAGCUUCCUUCUCAGGCUUCUGAGAAUGGCAAACAUGUUAAAGGUUGCGCACGCGUUGAUUACUGAUUUAGAGAAAAGGGUCGGAAUGCAAUUCGAGCAAGCUACACUUUCUGAUCUCCUAAUUCCUUGCUAUGAUAAAAGCGAGACUAAGUUCGAUGUGGAUCUUGUUCAGAGGCUUUUGGAGCAUUUUCUUAUUCAAGAACAAACUGAAGGUUGUAGUCCAAGUAGACAAACCUUUUCUGAUCACAAGCAUGUGGGAGGUAACUUGAAUGCCAAGGCAAGAGUGGCAAGACUUGUGGACAGUUAUCUUACUGAGGUAUCAAGAGAUAGGAACCUUUCAUUGACAAAAUUUCAGGUUCUCGCUGAAGCUUUACCUGAAUCGGCUCGAGUUUCUGAUGAUGGACUAUACCGAGCUAUAGAUUCAUAUCUCAAGGCACAUCCUACACUAACCGAGCACGAAAGGAAACGUCUCUGUCGCGUAAUGGAUUGUCAAAAACUCUCCAUUGACGCGUGCAUGCACGCCGCUCAAAACGAAAGGCUUCCGUUAAGGGUAGUAGUGCAAGUUCUAUUCUCUGAGCAAAUCAAAAUAAGCAAUGCACUAGCCAACAACAGCUCUCUAAAAGGCGCUGGCGGAGGCGGAGGCGGAGGCGUUGAAUCUCAGUACCAACCAAUGGUAACAAACAGGAAAACACUUCUCGAAGGGACGCCGCAAUCGUUCCAAGAAGGAUGGACAACAGCUAAGAAAGACAUCAACACACUAAAGUUUGAACUUGAGAGUGUUAAAACAAAGUAUUUGGAGCUUCAACAUGAUAUGGAAAAUCUGCAGAAGAAUUUCGACAAGGUGAUGAAGCAAAAACACACAUCAGCUUGGACUAGCGGGUGGAAGAAACUGAGCAAACUCACAAAAAUGACAAAUGGAGAGAAUCAUGAUAUAGGUAAUCACAUUCCAUCUUCUGAAGAACAGAUCAAAAAGAAUGCUAGAAGAUGGAGAAACUCAAUAUCUUGAGAAACAUCAAUUUCUCAAUUUCUUCAGAAUUUGUUGUUUGAACUUUCUUGUUCUUUUUUUGUCAGAAUUCAUUUCUUUUCUACUUUUGGACUAGUUCAAUUAUUUUUUAAUGAGAAUUCUAUGAAAUUCAAAUAACAUGUAAUUUGUGAUAAAGUUUAAUCAUAAUUUUCUUGUGUGUAAUCAUAAUUUAUGGAAGUUCAACAACAACAAAAAAGG